GGGGAAACCAUACGCCGAUGCCGCAAAUCUUAUCGGACAACCGUGACUUUGUUGUUUGGGGAAUUCAAGGGCCUGUACAUUCCGAUCACCAUGUUCGCCCCCAAGUCUUCUGCUCCGCCUGCGGGCGGUCUCUCUAUUAACACCGGCUCUGCCAAUUCUUUGUUUGGCGGCGCCAACACACAAACCUCAUCCACACCGGGAACAACGGGAACUUCUGGCGGUCUCUUCGGAAAUAACAGCUCGGCACAGCAAUCAAAACCAGCAGGCGGCCUGUUUGGAGGUCUGGGUGGUGGAAACACACAGCAGUCGCAAAACACCAUGUUCUCCGGCCUAGGUGGUCAGCAGCAGCAGCAGCAGCAGCAGCAAAGUGGGACGACUGGAGGUGGGCUCUUCGGAAGCUCGACCACUACAACGCCGCAGCCUCAGUCGGGCGGCCUGUUCGGAACAGCAGGGACUGGUGCGGGCGCUGGCACUGGCACCGCGCAGAGUGGAACUACCGGAGGUCUUUUCGGCGGUGGGCUUGGGGGUGGUACUACAACACAGACUCAGCAGAAGCCUGCCUUUGGUGGUCUCUUCGGCGGUGCACAAAGCACGCAACAACAGCCCCAGCAGCAACAACAAGCUCAGAAACCCACACUCUCCCUGUUCGGCAACCAAGGAGCAGCCCCGGGGGCCCAGCAGCCGCUGCAGCAGAGUACAGCGACAGGCAACGUGGUGCCUGGUGUUAAGGUCGAUGUCAGCAACUUGUUACCAACCACUAAGUUCGAAAGCUGCGCGGAUGAGAUUCGGAACCACAUCGAGAUUAUCGACAACUACAUCCUCAACCAGAUGAAGGUGUGCCAUGAGGUUGCUGAUAUGCUUCCUACAAUUGAAAAGCAGGGCUCGACCAUCCCCAACGAUGUGGAGUUCGUGCAGGGCAAGUUGGAGACUAUCCAGCACGCGCUGGAGAACGAUGCCGGUGACAUUGACCAGCUGCGUGGCCUGGUCGGACGUGACGCCGCCGAGGCACAGGUCGCGUUCCGUGCCAUUGAUACCCUCAAGCUGCCUCUGCAGUACCAGUCCGCCAGUGGUGGUGGCUGGUGGUCGGUGCAAGAUCAGAAGGUCGACCGACGAUCUUUGCGUUCCACUCGCAAGAACACCCUUGCCCUUCCCGACGACGUGGAGGGCGACCCAUCCACUGCUACAUCCGUCAACGGUGUACCAGUCAACCUGAUUGACUACUUUUCACAACGCUCAGAUGAGAUGAGCACCGUCCUUGAGCGGUACAAGGGAACUAUCAAGGAAAUUGAGGACCACCUGCACGGAGUCGAGCUUACAUUGAACCGUCAAAUCAGCGAGUUCGUCAGCUCCAAGUCUCGUGAUAGUGCAGGUGCCGGGGCACCCAAGUCGGCUGUGAACGAUCUGGCUGCGGUGCUAGGAGAUGUUGAGGCUGGUAUUAUCGGAGUCGCAGCUCGGUUGGGAAGUGUCCAAGAGCAGGUGCAAGAGACAUCCCUCGGUCCACUGUCCGUCGGCGAUAGACUCGGGAUUAACUAA